GUCCAAGCGUUAUAUUGGUGGAAGAGUAUGGUGUACUAAAGGGUCUGCUGACCGUUAAGGAUGUCAUGAGAUUUACUAUCGCCCUCGAGCAUGCCCAACGUGGCAUGCAAGAAAAUGAUGCUUUCUCCCUCGGCCUUGACAAUCCCGAGGUAUGGGACGAGUAUCGAGGAUCUCUACGGACAGUUUUGGAAGGAUCUUGGGUGUGGGCAACCCGGAAAACGGAACGUUUUGUUGCAUGGGUCAGGCUCGUACUGGGGAGGUAGAAGAUACACUAAUUAAUAUCGGCACUCGUGGUUCUACUUAGGCGCUAGUGACUUGCCUCGUUAGGAAGCGUGACGGGUGACCACCCUCACCUGUCACGCAGCGUCGCAGCACCUUCAGCGAUGGGGUACUAUCCGAGUCUUUACAUUCCCUUGACUCUGUUCACUGUUGUUGGCUUAUAUCUUCUCCUCACUGGCUCUGGCGAGGCAUUCAAUGUCGGACAAUUCCUCGAAGAGAGCAGUCCUUACGCAUGGGGGCUCGUUGGGAUCGGCCUAUGUAUAGGGCUCAGUGUGAUGGGUGCUGGAUGGGGGAUUUUCGUCACGGGCUCGUCAAUAUUAGGUGGUGGCGUUCGUGCACCUAGAAUUUCCACGAAAAACCUUAUUAGUAUUAUCUUCUGCGAAGUUGUUGCAAUUUAUGGCGUCAUCAUGGCUAUAGUGUUUGUUCAAAAAGUGGAACCCGUAGACGGCGACCUUAUAUACACGAAGGGAAACUACUACACCGGGUUUGCAUUAUUCUGGGGUGGAUUAACUGUUGGGAUAUGCAAUCUUCUCUGUGGUAUUUCUGUGGGAGUGACAGGGUCAAACGCCGCUGUGGCCGAUGCUGCUGACCCCACUCUCUUUGUCCGAAUAUUGAUCGUUGAGGUGUUCGGUUCCAUUAUGGGACUUUUCGGAUUGAUAGUUGGUCUGUUGAUGGUGGGAAAGGCGAACCCUUUCGAGCCAGAUGUUUCACCAUCAGUCGUUCCCGUACACUAAUAUCGCUAUGCUCUCGUACCGCUGCAUCAAUUUAUUACUGCUAUUCUCAAAAUACACCCAAAUCACUUCCUGCCAGUGACCGUAAGACCAAAAUUUACACACUUUUUUGUGAGAAUGG